AUGCUGGAAUCUCCGGAGCCGGGCCUGGAGGUGGAAAAGUGGCUUUUUACUCUCCGCCUUCCCCAGUACGCGUCGUGCUUGUGGCGUGGAGGCUACCGAUCUCUGGAAGACUGCGCGGACCUCACGGACGAACGCCUCCGGGAGCUUCGCGUCCUACCGACUGGGCACCGGAAGCGCAUCCUCCGCGGUUUAGAGGCGGUGGGCGUCCAGAAGCGAAGAGAGGAGGAGACAAGGAAACCGCCGCUCUACCCGAGAAAUAUCUUCCUGGACGAUAAAAAAAGAGGAGGUUCUUGUCAGGGCUAUCGUUCAAAAGAAUGGCAGGCGUCGGAAGGAGGAGGGAGUCGGACCUUGCCUCCUGGAUCGGGCCUUGGAGCACAAAUGGAAGAAACUGGCUUGCGGAAUAUCCCGGCGUCAGAGUUGUCUUCGGCCAGCAGCACGGAGUCACUUCCGGAAAUCCGAGAGAUUUCCCCAGAAGACUUUGCACCUUCUCCAAAUGAUGUCCCAACCGAGGAACAAGGGUCACCUCCGUGCAGCAUGGUGGACAACGCCAUCUACCAGGCCCAGCCCGCGGUCACUAAAGGCCCACGACCGACCCGCUCUUACCGACUGAGGCACCGACCGGUACCUGACAUCCCGCAGCAAGACAGAUCCGAAGACAAGGACUCUUGCGUGGUGACGGACCCAAACCCUUACGAAGAUGAAUACUCCACGGUGGAAGAGUGCAGCGGUCUCUUGCCGAGUUCUUCACAAAGCGUGCCCGAGUACGACACUGUUGGCCCGGCGGACGACUCUGCGAUCAUGGUGGACUGCGACCUCUACUCACAAGCUCUCCGGAGUCCCGUGGACCACCUGCCUGAUAUUUCCCCGUACGCUUGCUUUUACGGUGCUGCGGAACAUCAGGUGCGGAAGAUGGGCUGGCUUGAUAAGCUUUCACCUCAUGGGAAAUGUGUCUUUCAGCGGCGUUGGGUACGCUUCGACGGCGAAAUCCUGGCGUACUACAACAGCGACAAGGAAAUGUACUCCAAAGGGAUGAUCCUUGCCACCGCCAUCCGACAGGUGCGGACUCUCGGCGACAACAAGUUUGAGGUCGUCACCUCUCUCCGGACCUUCAUAUUCCGAGCCGAGAAAGAAGGGGAGCGCCGCGAGUGGAUGGCGUGCCUUCAGUCGUCGGCGCGGCCUCCCGCCCGCGGCUCCGGGACGCGCCGAAGCUUGCGCCGCCGUGUCUCCGCCAACAAGCGCGGCGUGCUGGAGGUGCGCGCCUACAAAGGCAGGGUUCUGGUGUCCCUGGCGGGGAGCAAAGUCAGGCUUUGCAAAACGGAACAGGACUAUGAAGCGGGCCUGGCUAUCUGCGAAGUGGAGCUAACGGCCGCCAACGUGCGCAACGUGGACCGACGGGUCUUUGAGAUCAACACGCCUUUCAAGAACUUUUGCUUCGUGGCCGAGUCUGAACGGGAGAAGCUGGAGUGGAUCGAAGCGGUUCGGGAAUCCAUCACGGAGACUCUAUGUGACUACGAAGUGGCCGAGAAGAUUUGGUUCAACGAGGCCAACCGCAGUUGCGCCGACUGUCGCGCCGAGCAGCCCGAAUGGGCGUCUCUCAACCUGGGUGUGAUCAUCUGUAAGAAGUGUGCAAGGCAGCACGGCUCACUCGGUCCGAGUGUCUCCAAAGUGCAGAGCUUGAAGUUGGACAGCAGCAUCUGGAGCAACGAGCUAGUGGAGCUCUUCUUGGAAGUAGGGAACCAAAAAGCCAACGCUUUCUGGACAGCUCAUCUCCCCUUAGAGGAAGACCUCAACUCCGGCGCUUCCAACGAGCGCCGCGCAACCUUCGUCCGAAGGAAGUACCGUGAGAGGAAGUAUCGCCGCGUGCUUGAGGGCCUUCACGACUCGGAGCAGCUCAACAAAGCGCUGUGUGCCGCCGUGGUCACGCCCGACGUGCUGCGGACCAUGGAGCUGGUCUUCAGCGGCGCAGAUGUUAUGUGCGCCACUGGGGAUCCGACCUCCUCCACGCCGUACCUCUUGGCCCAACGUGCCGGCCAAAGGCUGCAGAUGGAGUUUCUGCAUCAGAACAGGCUAUUGGAUUUCCCAACUUCCGAGAGCACGUCCCCCUUUGAAGCGUCCCCCUUCAUGGACGGUUUCCUCUACAUCUCCCCGGGCCCGGGCAGGACGCCGCCGGAUCGCCGCAAAGGAUACGAUACGGCGCGUCGAUGGUGCACGCUGGAGGGCGGCUUCCUGACGUACUACGAGACCGCCGAGAGUCCCGCGGCGGUCGGCCGGGUGGCUGUCGCCGACGUGGUCAGCCUGGCUGUCUGCAACGUCGAGACAAUGACGGUGGCAGGGGCUGUGUUCACCGUGGAGGUGUACUGCAGCUCGGGGCGGACGCUCGUCGUCGGCGCAGAAACGCAGGAAACGCGGCGCGACUGGAUCCAGGCUCUGACAAAGUGCUUGAUUCCACCCAAAGUGGAAUCUCUGGUCCGGAAGGACAGCGAGCUGAUUGGCCGGCUUUUGUACAAGGAGGGUCACGACCUGUACCACUGGAGGACGGGUUGGUUCGUCCUUUCCGGGUCCGUCCUCCGCUUCGGCGCCAUCGACGGCGAGGGAGACGAGGAAGUGCUUCAUCUCAAACGGCUGCAGGAACUCACCGUCACCACUCAAACCGAAGGCGAAGAGAAGAUGCAAGUGCUGCUGAUGGUGGAGAGUGGAAGGACCGUUUACAUCCACGGUUUCAACGCGGUUGACUUUGCGCUGUGGCGCUCGGCCAUCACGCAGGCGGCUGGCAACGACGGCAAGGCGCUUGGCGACCAGCAGCUCACCAAAAACGGCGUCCCUAUCGUUGUGGAGAGUUGCAUCGCGUUCGUCACGCAGUACGGGUUAUGUCAAGAGGGGGUCUACCAGCAACCGGGUGAUCCCAACGGGGUGUCCCGACUCUUGGAGGAGUUCACACUUGACGCCCGUCACGUCAAACUGAGGAGCAAAGAGCGCCGCCUAGAGGACGUGACCGAUACCUUGAAGAGCUUCUUAUCGCAAGCGGAGGACGCACUCUUGACCAAGGAGCUUUAUCCCUACUGGGUUUCAGCUUUGGAUGAGGAAGACAAGAGCCGGAGAGUUCAAAAGUAUUCCACUUUUAUCGAAAGUUUGCCUAAAACCAACAGGGCAACCCUCGGUGCUUUGCUCCAACACUUGUUCAGGAUUCAGCAAUGUUGCCACCUCACCGGCAUGACGAGUGAAAAACUGGCUUCGGUUUUCUCCUCCUGCUUGUUCCAGACGCAGGGACCGACGCCUAAGGAGAUGGGCGUGGUCCGCGACCUCAUCGAUAACUACGUUACGCUCUUCAAUGUCAAUGAAGAGCAGGUGCAACAGAUGGAGAGGGAGAAUAGUUUCAUCACCCGCUGGAAUGACAAAAAGGACACCACAUUUUCGCCAGCCGGUGACUUGAUUUUCGAGGUUUACUUGGAAAAGCGAGGCCCGGAGAAUUGCUGUUUAAUCAAGGUUUGGCCUAGCAUGCGCUCGGCGGAGCUCGCGGAGACGGCCUUGAGCAUGCGCAAUAUCCCUUUUGACGCUGCGGACGCGUGGACUACAUUUGAAGUCAUCGAGAACGGAGAGCUGGAGAGGCCGUUGCAUCACAGUGAGAAGAUUCUGGAGCAGGUGUUGGAGUGGAGCACGCUGGACUGCCCUAGUUCGGCUUUUCUGGUUUUGAAGAAGUUCGCCAAGGCAAAAAGUGAGGACAAAGAGCCCAAGGAGCUUUUUAAAGGCGAGCAUCUGAAGUUCAACGACGGCUGCUCCAAACUGCUCUCCGGGCACAAGUUCCAGGACAAAUACGUGGUGCUGCGCGCUCAGAAACUCUUGCUCUACAGAGAUAUCAAAACUACAAAAGCCGAGAAGGUGAUCCAUCUCAAGGCCGCAAAAUGCUAUCUGGGCCUGAAGAAGAAGCUCAAGCCUCCCAGCAGCUGGGGCUUUACUGUCUACACGGAGAAACAACAUUGGCAUUUCUGCUGCGAGGAGAGGGAAACGCAGGUCAGCUGGGUGACCGACAUCAUCAGGAUGAAGUUCGGCUCUGACCUCUGUUCCGACCCGGGGGACGUGCCGCUUCACGCGUCUUCUAAAGUGGGGACGCGCCUGCAGCAAAACGCCGCUUUGGGCAGACAGGUGUCAGACAGGCGUACUUCCUUUCCUGAUACUCCGAAGCCAACGGGCCUGCGUCGGAGUUCCGUCAUGGAUCCGUGCCGGCCUUACCCGCAGGCCCCGCCCACUUUCCGGAAAAGUAGCAUUCAGCCGGGCGGGGGGGAGGUGCCACAUUGCUCGCUACAGGGGCUCGGCACCCUGGACAGCUAUGCCCCUGGGAGGCGAACGUCAUACCUGUGGGUGAUUGAGGCAAUUGAUAUAAAGGCACAAUCCCAUAUAAAGAGGCAGGCCGAUGCAACGGCUGGAGAGAGCACUGAGUGGCACCCCAGAAAGGGCCGGCGCGAUGACUGGAGGGUGUGGAGAGCGGCCCCCCAGAAGGAGGCGGUGCGACUGCCAGAGAGAGUAGCCCCCCCGGAAGAAGCCUGCGUGACGGUCUGA